UCUUUAAAAACUUUUUUUCAAUCUCGCCGGGAGCCUCGGCCGGAUCGCAUCUCCUUAUUCCGGCUUUACAACUGCACUCUCUUAUGGAUUCUUGGACUUUUGGACACUCGGACGUCAAAGGCGCUACUUUGAGUUGACCUUUGGUGAGGAUUUUCGUUUGAUCAUCAUGCUCUCUAUGAUAUCCUGGAUUUUUUUUCGCACAAAAUUAACAUUUAUGUACAAAAAUCACUUAUAGACAUUUAAAAAUGUCCUUUUAAGCUUGAUUAAUCUGUAAGAGUAACUUAACUAUGAAAUACAUACAUUUUAUCCUGAAAUUAUAGUAUAAUGUUUUAUCUUAAAAUUAUAACAUAACAUACUACCUCUGAUUAGGGAGGAGAUAUAGAAACAUAAUUAUUCCUGUAAAUGAAAAUGUCUCUCUGUCUUAGCUUUAAUUGUUGUCUUUUGUUUUAUUGGAGACUACGGUCGACCGUCACCGGCCGAAGACCCAGGAACCCCUGAUCCGUCCGAAGAUGCGGGGAGGCACCCUUGUUUUAAGGGAAUAAUUUUGAGAAGCCCAUGAUAUCCUGGAUGUGUGUGUUGGUUUGAGUACCUUCAACUUUUUCUCAGGUGUUUUCAGUGCCUUCUCAUAUCGAGGCCCCGCGCCGAACCCACUUUUACAGGCCAAAGCUGAUUAUUUUCGAAACAGGUCAUUUGGUGUGGCCGUUCUGUGUGGAUAUGAAAGUGACCCCUCCUUCUAAGAAAGAGGAGAACGGUGUUGUAACCGAUGAUAAGGGCGCGGUGAUGUGAAGGGGCGAUGAUAAGGGGAUGCUGAAACCUUACCCCGAGGUGUCUGAAAUUCUGAAGAAAUUAACAGAGGAGAAUAUCACGCUGGCCGUAGGCUUUCGAUCCGAAUUUAAAGAGGAGACCGAAACUUUGCUCAAGUAUUUGGACUUCAGGCGAUACUUCAAAUACAUCACCGCUCGGGCUCGCUCCAAGCGAUUCUCCUUUGA